CAUGGUGGAGAAGGUCAAGGCUCAGCAGACGGAGGCUGACAAGGAGGGCUGGGAGUACGCGCCGCUCUUCGGUCUGAAGUUCCACGCCCCGCGAGCGAAAGAUGGACAUGGUGCGCCGCCGCCGCUGGCACCGCAAGCUGGUGAUGUCGACCCACAGUGUGCCCCAGCUGCCCAUCUUCAGGCUGAAAGAUCCCGACUCGGAAGUUGUCCACCUCAGCUGUCCCAAGAUGUACCUGGUGCACACUAUGGAGCAGCAGUACCAGCUGCGCGCCUACAUCUACCAGGCGCGCGACCUGCUGGCCGGAGACAAGACGGGCUUCUCCGAUCCGUACGCCUGCGUCAGCUUCCUGAACUUCUCGCAGCGGACGGAGCGGGGUCGGGCCACCCUGUGCCCCACCUGGGACCAGACGCUGCUGUACGACGACCUCACCAUCCACGGCGACCCCAUGUUCAUCCUGGAGCAGCCGCCGCAGGUCAUCAUCGAGGUGUUCGACCACGACACCUACGGCGAGCCCGAGUUCCUGGGCCGGGCCGUAGCCACGCCCACCGUCCACCUGGACCCGAGCAAGGCCCACCCACCGCCGCUGCAGUGGUUCAAGUUCAGCAAGGGCGACAACGACAGCGCAGCCUCCGGCUGGGGACGAGAGCGGGCGUAUCUGAAGCCCUCGGAGCGGGGCGAGCUCUCCGACAGGCCCUACCACGGCGAGCUGCUGGCCUCGUUCGAGCUCUACUGCAAGGUGUCGGAGCUGCCGUUCCUGCCGGCCGACGAAGAAGGAUCCUGUGCUGGGGGCGUGCGCAACAUGAGGUCGUUCGAGCUGCGCUCCGUGCGCAACCCGGCCAUCGAGUUCGAGUGCGCCGGCAAGGUGGUGACGUCAGAGGUCAUGGGCGACGUCAAGCAGCAUCCCAACUUCGCCGACCCGUUCCUCUUCAUGGAGAUCAUGCUGCCGAAGGAGCCGCUGUACAUGCCGCCGCUGAACAUCAAGGUGCGGGACCACCGCAGCUUCGGCUCGCGGCCCGUGGUGGGCACGCACGUGAUCCGCUCCCUGCACGAGUACAGCAUCGAGCCGCUGAUGAACGUCAAGUCGAAGCCAGUCCGCCGCCAGUCGACCGUGCACCGGCAGUCGACGAUGACGAGGCAGUCGACCGUCAUCGACAUAGAUCCAGCCAUCCCGGAGGGCAGCCCGGCCGGCGGCGGCGGCGACGAGCAGGUUACUGUGUCCGUGCAGGAUGUGUGGCCCGCUGCCCGCCUGAGGACCGCCUCCCAACGCCCCGCCUCCUAA